UGAAAAACUCACUUAACUCUGGUUCCCUCACACUCCUCUUCCUCUCUUUUGCCAUUCAGUCCAUUGCUGUACCCUCUGAUACCCCCUCGAAUUAUUCCGUCUUUUUCCGCUCACCGAGCGACCUUCACCCAUCCACAAACACGCAACUUUGGUUUCACGCAGCUUCGACAGUCCGACGCCCACGCAUUUUUAUUUCUGCGUACUGCAAGCAUACUAAUAAGACUCUCUCGUCGUUCUACUCGGCGUGAAAGCAAGUACCACAUCACAAUGGACGGCUCAAAAGAAAUUCCCGACAUCGACCAGAACCCGCAACAACAAGCGGACCCUACCUUGACAAAGGCCUCUGGUUCCGCCGAUGCGAAGCCCAAAGUCAGAACCGAGUCGAAGUCUGGCGCGCAGAGACCGCCGUUGAACAGAUUCACCACCAGUCACGAAAAUGUGCUCCAAGAGAAUUUCAUCGGUGCAAUUGACCAGGGAACCACUUCCUCAAGAUUUAUCAUCUUCAACGGAGUUGGUGAACCCGUGGCAAUGCACCAGAUUGAGUUCGAGCAGAAGUACCCUGAGUCUGGUUGGCACGAGCACGACCCUUGGGAGCUCGUUCACUCGGUAGAAACUUGUAUCGAAGAGGCUACCAAGAAGUUCAUUGAGUUGGGCCACAAGGCCUCGGACAUCAAGGCCAUUGGUCUUACCAACCAGAGAGAAACAACUCUGGUUUGGGAUGCCGAGACUGGAGAGCCUCUGCACAACGCCAUCGCCUGGCCAGACACCAGAACAAAGGGUCUCGUCCGUGAGUUCAAGGAACGCAAGGGCGACCAAAACUUGUCCGAGAUUUGUGGUAUCCCUCUCUCGACAUAUCCCUCAUGUCUCAAGCUCGUUUGGAUGUUGCGUCACAUCCCCGAGGUACAACAAGCCUACGAUGAGGGUCGCUUGUGUUUCGGCACUGUCGACACCUGGUUGAUCUACAACCUCAACGGUGGAAAGGAAAAGAACGUCUUCGUCACCGACUCUACAAAUGCCUCGAGAACCAUGUUCAUGAACUUGCACACUUGUCAAUACGACGACAAUUUGUUGAGCUUCUUCGACCUCGAUCGCAACAAGCUUAGGCUGCCCAAGAUUGUUCCUUCGUCUUGUGCAGACGCAUACGGUACCCUUGCCAAGGGAACCUUGAAGGGCAUGAAGAUUGCUGGAUGUCUCGGCGAUCAGUCUUCGGCCCUGGUCGGUCAGCAAGGCUUCACUCCUGGCUCUGCCAAGAACACAUACGGUACUGGUUGUUUCUUGCUCUACAACGUUGGCGAGAAGCCCACCAUUUCUACCCACGGUCUUCUUGCAACGGUUGCCUACGAUUUCGGCCGCAACAGAAAGCCCGUAUACGCCCUCGAGGGUUCGGUCGCUGUCGCUGGUUCCGGUGUCAAGUUCUUGAUGAACAACAUGGGUUUCAUUGCACACGCCGAAAAGGUCUCAGAACUCGCCUCGACUGUCGACGACAACGGUGGUCUUGUCUUCGUUACCGCCUUUUCCGGUCUCUUCGCACCAUACUGGAUCGAUGAUGCAAAGGGCACCAUUUUCGGUAUCACCCAGCACACACAACGAGGACACAUUGCACGUGCCACAUUGGAAGCUACUUGCUUCCAGACAAAGGCUAUCCUCGACGCCAUGGAGAAGGACAGUGGACACGCUCUGUCAGACUUGGCUGUCGAUGGUGGUAUGAGUAACUCGAACAUUUGCAUGCAGACACAAUCGAACAUCAUCGGUAUCCCCGUCAACCGUCCUGCCAUGCGCGAAACUACCGCCUUGGGUGCCGCCAUCGCCGCCGGUUUUGCUGUCGACAUCUGGAAAGAGUUUAGCGAGCUCAAGGCCAUCAACCAAAAGAACCGCAUGGUUUUCGAACCAGAGGUCACACCCGAAGAGAGUCAAAAGAUGUUCAAGAAGUGGGAUCGUGCAGUCAGCAUGUGCCGUGGCUGGCUCGAUGUUGACGAGGUCACGGAGACCUAAGUCACAGAACACUUUUAAUGAGGAGGAACGUUACGAUAAUAUCUUGUUCGAUUUUUUGAGGAUUUGCUUCGGAUUGGCAUAUUGUUCGAUACCCUUGUCAUGGGUUCGCAUUGUCGUAGGAAGUUUUGGAGUUGCAUAUAUACAUGAUGAUUGGUCGAAGUCUUUACGCACAAUAGAAGAAAAUAGAUUGUCUUCUUUUCA